UNGUUCUUCUCCUUCACAUUCGGCUUCACCCACGCCUUCCUGCUCACGGUCAUGGGCUAUGACCGCUACGUGGCCAUCUGCCACCCCCUUUCGUACAAUGUGCUCAUGAGCACCCGCUCCUGUGCCCGUCUAGUGUCCUGUUCCUGGGCUGGUGGCUCAGUCAUGGGGUUGAUGGUGACCCUGAUAGUUUUUCACCUCACCUUCUGUGGGUCUAAUGUGAUACACCAUUUUGUCUGCCAUGCCCUUUCCCUCCUAAAGUUGGCCUGUGGGAAGGAGACAUCCUCUGUCACCAUGGGUGUGAUCCUGGUGUGUGUCACAGCUCUGAUGGGCUGUUUAUUCCUCAUCGUCCUCUCCUAUGUCUUCAUUGUGGCUGCCAUAUUGAGGAUCCCCUCUGCUGAGGGCAGGCACAAGACCUUCUCCACAUGUGUGUCCCACCUCACUGUGGUCAUUGUGCACUACAGUUUUGCCUCCAUUAUCUACCUCAAGCCCAAGGGCCCCCAUUCUAUGGACAGUAACACUCUGAUGGCCACCACCUACACAGUCUUCACUCCCUUUCUCAGCCCGAUCAUUUUCAGCCUCAGGAAUAAGGAGCUCAAGAAUGCUAUAAAGAAAAGCUUCCAGAGAAAAUUCAGUCCCCUAAGCUCCUGA